UUGGACAACAGUUGUUGUUGUUGUUGUUGUUGUUGUAUAGCUUCAAAAACUAGCCACUUGCUUUUUGUCAGUAUCAAUUUGGUUGAUAAUUUAAACGACGAAAUAAAUAAAAAUCUUUUUACCACCACCACCAUCAUUAAAAAAAGCGAACUAAAUGGGUAAUCAUAUGUGUAGUUCACCAUCAUCCGGUUGUGGUUGUUUCCGUGUUAGUUCUGAAUCAAAAAAUCCACCAACAAUUUAUCGUCAUCAACGUCAUCAUCGUUUUCCAAUAGCAAAAGAUUCAUAUGCAAAUUGUCCAUAUAUUGAAUGUGCUUGUUGUGGUAAAAAUCUACGCCGCUGUCAAUGUGAUUGUGAAUUAGCUGGACGUUGUCUUUGUGCUGGUCCAUUAAAUUAUCAUCGUCAUGAUUUUUUAAGCGCUGGUCAUCAGAAUUGCGAUAAAUCAAAAUCACCAUUAACAUUUGGUUAUUGGAAAUUUUCAUCAUUGAAUAAUAAAAUAAUUCAACGUGCAAGUGGAUUAGUCGGUGCUGGUUCAUCAUCAUUAACAUUAUCAACACCAUUUUCAACAUCAUCACCAUUAGCAGCAGCAGCAGCAGCAGCAACAGGUAUUGUUAAUCGUAAACAACCAUUUUCAUCAUCAUCAUUAUCAUCAACAUCGACAACAUUGUUGGCAAAUUUUGAACAACGUAGAUUUCGUUCAACAUUAGAUAUUGAGAUAGAUAUGCAGAAAUUAUGCGGUGUUGAUUUAUUACGGGAACCGAAUGUCAAUAAGGAUUUGGCAUUCACAACCCGUGAACGAGAAGUAUACAAAUUGAAAGGUCUAUUACCGGCUGCAAUACGUUCACAAGAGUUACAGGUACAGAUUGUUAUGGAUAAUUUACGUGCUAUCAACAGUGAACUGGGCAAAUAUAUGUUUCUUCGUGAUCUUCAAGAUCAUAAUAAACGUCUUUUCUAUCGUGUAUUACAAGUACAUACACGUGAAUUGAUGCCAAUUGUUUAUACACCGAUUGUUGGUCUAGCAUGUCAAAAAUAUAGUUUGAUAUUUAAACGACCUCGUGGUAUGUUCAUUACAAUCAAUGAUGCUGGACGUGUUUUUGAAAUUCUUGGCAAUUGUGGUGAACCAGAAAUUAAGGCUAUCGUCGUUACUGAUGGUGAACGAAUUCUUGGUCUUGGUGAUCUAGGAGCCAAUGGUAUGGGUAUACCGGUUGGUAAAAUGGCACUUUAUUCUGCCAUUGCCGGUAUUCCACCGGAAUUAACAUUACCGGUCACAUUAGAUGUCGGUACAAAUAAUCAAGCCCUUUUGGAGGAUCCUUAUUAUAUUGGAUUAAAACAACGUCGUGCUACUGGUCCACAUUAUGAUCAAUUAUUGGAUGAAUUUAUGGAAGCCGUUGUAAAACGUUGGGGACGAUCAUGUUUGAUUCAAUUUGAAGAUUUUGGCAAUAAAAAUGCUUUCCGUUUACUAUCAAAAUAUAAAAAAGAUUAUUGUACAUUCAAUGAUGAUAUACAAGGUACAGCUUCGGUUGCCGUUGCAGGUAUGCUUGCCUCAUUCCGUAAAACAAACACAAAAAUCAAUCAACAUAGAUUUCUAUUCUUGGGUGCCGGUGAGGCUGCAUUAGGUAUCGCUAAUCUAUUGGUUAUGGCUAUGAUUGAAGAUGGAAUGGAUGAAGAAACUGCACAUAGCAAAAUAUGGCUUAUCGAUUCACAAGGUUUGGUUACACAAUCAAGACCUGGUAUUAUUGAUGAUGAACAUAAAUGGCCAUUUGCUAAGAAUGUUAAAAGUACAAAAGAUUUAAUGGAAAUUGUUAAUCUUGUACAACCAUCAUGUUUGAUUGGUGCCGCUGCCGUACCUGGUGCUUUCAAUGAAUCUAUUCUAAAACGAAUGGCCGAAAUCAAUAAGAAUCCAAUUAUAUUUGCACUAUCUAAUCCAACAUCCAAAGCUGAAUGUACUGCCGAACAAGCGUAUGAACAUACUGAUGGACGAUGCGUGUUUGCCAGUGGAUCACCAUUCAAUAAUGUUACAUACAAAGAUCAAACAUUCGUACCGGGUCAAGGAAAUAAUGCAUACAUAUUUCCAGGUGUAGCUUUAGCUGUAAUGGCUUGUCAGGUGCAUGAAAUUGUGGAUGAAAUAUUUUUGGUCGCAGCCAAUGCAUUAGCUGAACAAGUAUCACGUGAAGAUCUUGAUAUUGGUAGUGUUUAUCCACCAUUGGAUAAUAUUAACGAGGUAUCAUUACGUUUGGCAACACGUGUAGCAGAAUGGCUUUAUAAUAAAGGCUAUGCAAAUGUAAGACCAGAACCGGAUGAUAAAUAUAUAUUCCUUAAAUCACGUCUUUAUGAUGCAUUAUAUGAUGGAUCAAAUUUUACUAAACACGUUGAAGAAAGUCAUCAUGCUUGGCAUCAACAUGAAUAAAGAAUCAUCAUCAUCAUCAUAAUCAUCAUAUGCAUUAUUAAUAGAAUGAAAUGAAAUGAAAUUAGAUGUGAUUCAAAAUAUUUGACAUUCACGUUACACAUUGAAACAGACAGACAGACACAAAAAAAAAAUUUAUUUAAUUUUAAAAAUGAUGAUGAUGAAAACCAAAACUAAACUAAACUAAAAAAAUGCUUUUCUUCUUAUCCAUUUUGUUUUUCAACAAAACAAAAUACACUUUGACAUUGACACAAGUAUAAGUUAGUAAGUUUGAAAAAAAAAUUUGCAUUUUUAACACCAAUACGCAUAAACGCACACACACACACACACACACACACGAAACACU